GCGCUCUGUGUGUACGGUAACCAUGACAACCACAGGACGAGAGGCUACAGAAACAGCUCCACUGAAGUGAUAACUGAAAUUUAUUUAUUUAGUUUACUUGAUUGCUUGUUGUGUUGUUUAGCAGUCUCCUACAACACAAUGGACACGUCAGUACUUUUACCUGUCGAAGCAGAGGGUUUUAUUCAAAGUCUGGAAACUUUCACCCUCAAAGAAGUGGGCUCUACGAGGUGGUUCAGACAGCAUGAGUAUAUUGAGAAACUUAACAUGCAAGCAAUACUGAAUGCUUCUGCCAUGCAUGAUGAGUUCAUCAAGGAGCUCUUGGUGUCAUAUGGAAAGAUACCUGUCCUAGUCCACGAGAUGAUCUUAGUUGAAGUGUGGAAGCAAAAAGUUUUCCCCAUUUUAUGUCAACUGCAGGACUUCAAUCCAAAGAACACGUUUCAUCUUUACAUGGUGAUCCACCAUGAAGCCACAAUCAUAAACCUACUUGAAACAAUAAUGUUUCAUAAGGACUCAUGUGAGGCAGCUGAUGACUCUGUUCUGGACUUGGUGGAUUACUGCCACCGCAAACUCAUCCUGCUGGUCAGUAAAACCACCAGGGAGGGCGCUAUGACUCAUGACCAACACAACCUGACAGGCAAAACAGUUGAAUCCUCUACAGAGGAGUUGCAGAUUCAGAGUGCAGCUCUGGAGUUUGAGAUCACCCUGAAGGCCAUAUCUGUGCUGCGCUACAUCACUGAUCACACUGACAGUAUCAGUGUUAUCAAUCGCAUGCUAUGCACCCAUAACAUGCCUUGUGUACUGGUUCAGCUGAUUGACUGCUGUCCUUGGAGUCGCUGCAAAGCAGGUGAGAUAGAAAAGUACAUAAAUGGCAAGUGGCAGAAGAUUCCUGUGGAGGACCAUUUAAAGAUGACAAAACUAGACGGGCAGGUCUGGAUUUCCCUUCACAAUCUGCUACUGAAGGAAGACUGCCAAAGGAAAUACGACUUCAACAGUUUCAAUAAGAGCCAGCUUCUAAAGCUCCGGGGUUUCUUGACAGAGGUGUUGAUUGAUCAGCUGCCAAACUUGGUGGAACUCCAGCGUUUCCUGACUCAUCUUGCAGUUACUGACCCUGCCCCUCCAAAAAAAGAGCUAAUUUUGGAACAGAUCCCUGAAAUGUGGAAAAACAUUGUGAGUGAGAAUUCUGGCAAGUGGAAGGCAAUAGCUAAGUAUCAAGUCAAAGAAACUUUCAACCCAUCUGAAAGUGAUCUGAGACUACAGGCGCAGAGGCUGGCCCAGACUUAUAACUUGGAUGUGAUGGAGAGUUUAAUCCCAGAGAGGCCCAAGUGUGGAUCCUGUGGGAAAGAGGCUGCAAAGAGAUGCUCUCGAUGUCAGGGAGAAUGGUACUGUCACAGAGAAUGUCAGGUGAAGCACUGGCCAAAACACAAGAAAGCCUGCCAGCUUAUGACAGAGGCCUCUGAGAAGAUCCAGAGGGACCUGCACAUCAACAGAUGAGAGAGAGACUGCUGGAGCUCCUGUAUGGACUGGUGGCAGACUGGAGAUGAGACUCCUGAGUCACCAAGAUGUGAAGAGAACAGAUCAAUAUGUGAGAUUCUUCUACAUUUUAAGAGGAACUCUUGAUCUGAUUCUUUCUUUUAUGCUGGACAGGUUUAUGCUUUUCCAUUUUUUAAAUACUGUAAUAAAGUUUUAACCUAUGUUUGUUUCUAUGUUUGCCUUUUGGUCUACUGUUUUAUUCAAGUGUCUUUAAUGAAAGAGCUCAGGAGGCUUUCUCCAGUUCCUUCUCUGUCAAGAGAUUUUAUACUCCUUAUUUGAUCUCAGUGUGUGACGGCGUGGAGGUGCAUCACACUUCAUUACACCAGCAGCAAAUAAAUUGCUUUAAUGACUUGCUCUA